UACAUGCGGGCGAGAAGCAGAGAUCGCGACGUUACGUAGCCGCCAUUUUGUUUCACCGGGAGUAAAGAAACCAACCUCAAAAGCACCGGCGUGAAUAUUUUCCUUUAUUUGAAGCACUUUCAACACGGCGGAUCAGCACCGUGCACCCGAGUUUAGAUUCGCACGAUGUCUGGAGACAUGGCCACAGAUCAUGUAAACGGGAAUGGUACGGAGGAACCAAUGGACACUACAGCGGCGGUGACCCACUCAGAACAUUUCCCGGCUUUACUGGAAGCUGGUUUACCUCAGAAAGUUGCUGAGAAGCUAGAUGAACUUUACGUAGCAGGCCUGGUAGCACAUAGUGACCUAGACGAAAGGGCUAUUGAAGCUUUGAAAGAAUUCAAUGAAGAGGGAGCCCUGCAAGUUCUGGUCCAGUUCAAAGAGAGUGAUCUGUCACACGUGCAAAACAAAAGUGCCUUUCUCUGUGGGGUAAUGAAGACGUACAGGCAGAGGGAAAAACAAGGGACUAAAGUUUCAGAUUCUACUAAAGGACCAGACGAGGCUAAAAUCAAAGAACUCCUGGACAGAACCAACUACACACUUGACGUAACAACAGGCCAGCGAAAGUAUGGCGGCCCCCCACCAGAGUCGGUGUACUCAGGCGCACAACCCACAGUUGGAACAGAGAUAUUUGUUGGGAAGAUUCCCCGUGACUUGUUCGAAGAUGAGCUGGUUCCUCUCUUUGAGAAGGCUGGGCCUAUCUGGGACCUCAGGCUAAUGAUGGACCCACUGAGUGGCCUGAACAGGGGCUACGCCUUCGUCACGUUCUGUACUAAAGAAGCAGCCCAGGAGGCGGUGAAACUGUGUAAUAAUCAUGAGAUUCGCCCUGGCAAGCACAUCGGGGUGUGUAUAUCUGUCGCCAACAACAGGCUAUUUGUUGGCUCCAUUCCCAAGAGUAAAACAAAAGAGCAGAUUGUUGAAGAGUUUGCUAAAGUCACAGAGGGCCUCAGUGACGUCAUACUGUACCAUCAACCUGACGACAAAAAGAAGAACAGAGGCUUCUGCUUCCUCGAGUAUGAAGACCACAAAACGGCUGCCCAGGCCCGUCGCCGGCUAAUGAGCGGGAAGGUGAAGGUUUGGGGCAAUGUGGUGACAGUGGAGUGGGCAGAUCCCAUCGAAGACCCCGACCCAGAAGUCAUGGCCAAAGUGAAGGUUUUAUUUGUGCGAAAUCUUGCCAAUGGUGUCACAGAGGAGAUCCUGGAGAAGUCCUUCAGUCAGUUUGGAAAACUGGAGCGAGUCAAGAAGCUCAAAGACUAUGCUUUCAUUCACUUUGAGGAGAGGGAUGGUGCAGUGAAGGCAUUGGAAGAAAUGAACGGGAAGGAGCUGGAGGGAGAGCCCAUAGAGAUUGUUUUCGCCAAACCACCAGAUCAGAAAAGGAAAGAACGUAAAGCUCAGAGACAAGCAGCCAAAACACAAAUGUAUGAUGACUAUUACUACUACCCUCCCCCUCCCCACAUGCCUCCGCCUGUCAGAGGCCGGGGCAGAGGCGGAAACCGGGGCGGCUACUCGUACCCCCCUGACUACUACGGUUAUGAGGACUACUAUGACUAUUAUGGCUAUGACUAUCACAACUACCGCGGCGGCUAUGAUGACCCCUACUACGGCUACGACGACUUCCAGGCCCCAGGCCGAGGGCGCGGUGGUAACAGGGGCGCCCGGGGAGGAGCCUCUCCAGCCAGGGGACGUGGCGGCGCCGGUGCACCCAGGGGCAGGGCCAACUUCUCCCAGCGUGGCGGGCCGGGACCAGGCCGCGGCGGGCGAGGCGCAAGAGGAGGCGUGCAGCCGAGAGGGCGAGGAGGGGUACGUGGUGCGCGGGGUGGCCGCGGUGGAAAUGUAGGAGGAAAGCGCAAAGCUGAUGGGUACAACCAGCCAGAUUCCAAGCGUCGCCAGACCAAUAAUCAGAACUGGGGCUCUCAACCCAUUGCUCAGCAACCGCUCCAAGGUGGUGAUCAUUCUGGUAACUAUUCUGGUUACAAAUCUGACAACCAGGAAUUUUAUCAGGAUUCUUUUGGGCAACAGUGGAAGUAAACCAGUAGGGCUUUGAUAACAAAAUACGUGUUUAUUGUUUUUGUUUUUGUCUUUUUAUUUAGAGACUUGAUCUGAUUGGCCCUCAAUCCCAUACGGUUGCCUGCAUUUUUUCCUCAAAAUUGGUGACAUCUGGCAAGAUAUCUUUUUGUACAUAUUUUAAUAAUCCGCUUGGACUCAAACAGUAGUCACACUCCCACCUGUUUCUGGCGAACUGGUUUCUUUUUUUUCCCCGUUUGGUUUUUUUUCUUUUCUUUCUUUUUUUAAGAUGGUCGUUUAAAAGAUUUUCCAUAACAAAGUUUGAAAAAAAUUUUUAGAUGCAAAUAUGUGCUCGAGCUGUCUAUUUGGCUAUAGCUUUAUGUAUGUUUUUAGAAAUUCUGGUUUCCAUGUUUUAAGUAGCUAACAGCAACAAAGCAUAUGUCUCCUAAACAUGUAUUUAAAACAAAUGAAAAUACAAUUUGUAUUGUCACAAAGUAAUGCGUGUCUUGUUAUUGAAAAGAAAAAAAAAAAGGACCAUCGUAGUCCUAUUUUUUGGCUUUACAUUUUGGCUUGUAUUCUUUGCUGUUUGUCUGCUUUAAUAAACAUACACGCACACGUGUACAAAACUUCAAAUUGUGUUGCAAAUUCAUGUUUCGGCAAAUUCUCUUUUCAAAUUGCCUUCAAAUUUUAAGGCUCCUUGUGGAAGAAAAUGGACUAAAGGUUUGCCAAUGUUGGCCACAUGCUACAGUGUCACCUUGCAUGCCAUCAAAUUCCAAAUCACCUACUUCUAUAGUUGGCAUCUCUCAAGUGCUCUGUAUGUGUAGUGACAUACUUCAUCCUUAUGAGUUCCUCUCAUGUCCAAAAACAUAAACGUCUCACAAAUUGGUGUCCUAAAUUCACUGUCAAUGCAGCAUCAAGAAUAAGCCCCACCCCCAAGUCUGUCAUACAAGUCCCUUUUGUUACUGGUGGGGGGAAUAAAAGCACAAUUUGAUUUAUAUUAAUUUCAGAGUGAAGCUUUUCCUUGUCCCAGAAGGAUCUUCCUAGCUGUUGAAGGCCUGGAUACUAAUCUUGCAUGUUUAUCUGGAGGUUUGAUUUUGUGCUACUGUGUUAGAUGACUGCCACGCAUGACUCGCUUGUAGUGUUUUUUUUUGUUGUUGUUCUGUUUGCUUUUAUAGAUGCAAUGGCUGCUCUUAACCCUCACCCUCUUCCCUUCUCUCUGCUUGUCUAAAUGUGUCCACGUUUCACCUGCUGCACCUCAAAUCAGUUUCAGUUUUAGAAUUCAGACCAGGCCGAUUCUCUGCUCGUCGUCCUCUUUAAGGCAUUGACAUGUGCAUGUUACGUCAGAGGGCGUGCAAGUCUGUGAGAAUGCUUUGUCUUCUGAUGUGUGUAAAUUCAUGUUUUACUUGUUACACACUUCUCCCUCUGCAGUUAAUACUGAGAGUGAGUGUGUGAGCGUGAGGGACACAGAACAAGUAGAUGUGUGUAGAUGUAAUACGAUCCUGUUUUCCAUUCUCUAAUUGCUUCCUUUUGUUACCUGACUAGCAGGGAAAAGGGGUCGAGGCCGGUCCUGAUGUGUCGCUAUGAAGACUGACCAGUGUAUGGCGUCACACACUGCAGGCUGCCAGUGGAUGGAAUGGUAAGGUCACCUGACUCAGUGGUCCAGUGGUAUUCUUCCAGCCUUUUUAAGGAGCAGAUCUCCUGAAACUGCCACGUUUGAAGAUAAUCAGAAGAGCAAAACUUGAGCUUGCUUUUUUUUUUUUUUUUAAGCAUUGACUUUUAAGUUUAAGUUUUGACGCCUACUGAGUGUGAGUUAAUGAUGGACAUCCUUCUGGAAAAGUCUUAGCACUUUUUGUUUUUAAGUUUGGAGUGGUUUAGUGGAACUUGAUGCUUUUUUUUGUUCUGUUUUGUUUCUUUGAGUUCUUUAACUACAUCUUUACGAUGGACUAGAGGUGAUAAUCUAUGAUUAUCAGGUAGCAUUGAGGUGCGAUCACCCGCCGUUGAAGGUCGGGCAUUCCAGGAAAACAGUUCUCUCAGAACUAAAGCCACCGAGGGUUCGUUAACUACCUCAGUUUCGAGGACUUGCCUGCUCUGUUUCAUUUUGUACUUGAGGAAACUGAGGCAGGGUUCACCCCCCCACCCCACCCCACCCCACCCGCUCCCCUUCCCCUUCCCCAUCCCAGCCCUCCACCUCAGAGAUAUGCACAGGCAACAACAACAGAGCACUUAAUGAAUUCUAGUUCUCAGUUGAGACUUGACGUAGGCUGCAGCUACUGUGGACAUGUAGCUGGUCCUCCUGAAAUGAGCCUGAACAAGCCUUGCUGUUUUUCUAAAUGAACUGAGCGAUGAUGAUGAUGAUGAUGAUGAUGAUAAUGAUGUAGUUGAUGGACAGAAAUUGUUUUGUAGCUUUAUUUUUUUCUUUGUAAAAUCUUGGAAACCACAGUCAUCCUUUGUCUUCCAUGAUGGGAAAACUUGUCUUAAUUGUUGUUUUGCUUUGCAAAGUGAUGUCUCAGGCUUUCUGCCCUGCACUAACGUCUGUGUCUGAGCACUGACAUCCAGUGAAGCUGCCUUUUUUUAUUUAGAGUCUCUGAGCAGGUCUGGAAGAAAAUUAACUCACUUCCAUGUCCUGAAAAGUUUCAACGUGGCUCAGAGAGUUUUCAGCGCAGAAGCAUGGUUACACAUUUCACAUUGUACGUCACUGUAGACUGAUUAUCAUGCUAUUUAUGUGGUUGUGACAGAUUUUCCUGUAAACUGGUGUCAAUUCAUGUCUUUUCACCAUUAGUGUACACGUUUUACUGGAGAUGAAAGAACUUAAAGGAGCAGAUCUGACCUGAAACACAUUUAGGGAUGUGACAUUUUGGGUGAGUCUGAAAAACCUUGUACAUUUUAGCUAAUAAGUCAUUUAAAAAAUGACCUUGAAUGUGAAAUAAUCAGUUUGAUAUUUAAAGGAUCAGUCUGGUGUUAUUCUGUAUUUGUUUAAACAGCAGCUCAAUGUAAAUCAGGAGGAAAUAGUUCAUCUGCUGGGGACUAUUUUCAGCAGCGGAUUAAUCCAUGUUUGGUGUUGUAGGGAGUAUUUGUGAGGACGGAGUCAAAAACUACAGUUUUAUUGACUAGAAAAAUAUAGAAUAUCAUCAGACUUGUCCUUUAAAUGAUGUCAGAUAUUUACUGUCAGGUUUUGGUGUUGCAGUGAUUGUUAGAGCUCAUCAGUAAUCACACAGAAGAAUUCAAUCACACAGAUCAGUUUCUGUCUUCACAUAAUGUAAAUGAAUCCAUUAGAUUCUCUUUUCUGGGGUUGGCAGAAUGUCAUUUGUAGGAAGCUUUUUCUUGAUCACAUGAACCUGCUGUGGUUUUUUAUGGUGGAUUUCUCCUUUAAGCUCUUUUUAAACAUCAGUAGUUUGUAGUUGUCUUUUUGCUUUUUUGUGACGUUUGCCAUGAAAACACAGUGUGACUGACUCAUGUUUAGUGUUCUUCCAGUUCAGAAAGGAUUGUGCAGCUUGUUGUUUUUCUCUCUUUUUACCCAGUUUGUGAAAAAGAGCCAGAUUAGUUUUCUUUUUUUCAUACUAGUAUUGACUCUGUUGGAAAACCAAUUUAAAGGGUCAAGAAUGAUUUUUUUUUUGUUUUGUUUUUUUGUUUUUUUUGCUAACAAGUGUGUUUGCAUUCUUGCAAAUGAAUUGUUUUAUACUGUACAGUGAGGUGAGUUAAACCUAUUUUUCUAAUAAAGUUAUUGACUUUGA